ACAAUUUUACUUUUUGUUUCGCAGUAUACCUUUAACAUUUAUUAAAGUCUAUUUUCUUGUAUGUGUAAUAAUCAUUAAUUGUUUUUAUUUAACAUUUUCCUCAUCAUUUCAUCCGAAUCUUCUAAAUCUACUGAUUAUGUCGCUCUUCAACAUGAUUAUAUAAAGAAAAAAGCCUCAUACACCACUCUUUGUAAUUGUUAUUUUUUUUACUCUCUUAUCCUGUCACAAUCCAAUUUUAAUGAUUGUUUGCUGUUCUCUAAAGAUAUUCUUCCUUUCCAUAUCUUCUAAUAGUUCCUUCUUCUCACUGUAUUCAGAUAUUAGUUUCUAUGUGGAAUCUUGUGAACAUAUAUUUCAAAAUAACUGUUUGUAAGAUAAAAUUUUGUGUUAAUUUUCUGGACAUCUUGUAUAUCAAAGCAAUUGCAUUCAAUCAAAAAUUGAAAGUUUAUUUCUGACAAGUUCGACGAUUUGGCCGUGAGCCAAGAAUAUGUUUGACUAAAAAUAAACUUAUAAAUACAUUUUUUUAUAAGUGCUUAUUUCUAUAAGAACAAAAGUGAUCGUUGUGAUGGAAGAAUACUAUCAUGGAAGUAGAGGGUCUUCUUCGACGAGCGAUAAUGACCCCAAAGUGAAGAUUAAAGAUUGCUGUCGAAAAAUUAUAGCAUUCAUGUGUACACAAGUGGGGUUAGGUGCUUUAGUAUUUAGUUAUACUCUAGUUGGUGCUAUAAGUUUUAUGAGUCUCGAACAAAAAGGGAAUAACACGGAGCCGAAUGAAAUAAAUAAAACAAGACAGGAAUAUCUAAUAAAAUUAUACGAUGUAGCGUUGAAACAUAACAUAUUUGAUGUAAACAAUUUUUCUGAAGAUACCAAUAAAGUUCUCAAGAAUUAUCAAGAAAAAGUGGUAGAAAUUUUCAAAUAUGGUUACAGUGAAAGAUCAACUAAUGAUAUGUGGACUUUUUCUGCCGCCUUGAUGUUUUCCUUGGGUGUUAUAACUAUGAUAGGUUAUGGAAAUUUAGUACCGAAGACACCUUAUGGAAAAUUAGUUACUGUUAUUUACGCUUUAUUUGGUAUCCCUCUGUAUAUUCUUUUCUUUUUGAACGUUGGGGAUGCUUUAGCGGGAGGAUUUAGAUGGAUAUACAGAAAGUUAUACCGAUGUUCGACGCUACCAGAAGAAGAAACUGACAUCCCCAAAAGGAUAAUAGUACCUUCUAGUGCUUGUAUUUGGGUGAUGGUGAUAUACGUUCUCGCGGGUGCGGCGGUAUUUAGUGCUUGGGAAGGCUGGGGUUUUCUAGACAGCGUCUAUUUUUCGGUAACUAGUUUAUGUAAAAUAGGAAUGGGCGAUUUCGUACCGGGCGCGCAUUUCGCCAAUACCACCAAAGAACAAACCGAAGGUCAUUCGAAAUUAGUCCUAAGUUACGUGUAUAUAUUUUUCGGAUUGGGAUUAGUGGCCAUGUGCUACAAUUUAAUGAGGGAGGAAAUUCGGGAAAAAGUGAAAAAUAUCAGAGAAGAUUUCGCGCAAUGUUUGGAAGAUACCAGACUGAGGAUAGUAGAGUGUUGUAAAAAAAUUCGAGGGACUCGUGAAGAAUAUUAUUACUAAUUUUAUGUUAUCG